AUGCAGGACGUCAUCGUUGGAUACGACGAUCCCAAGGACUAUGUCAAAGACACUCUCACGAAUCAUACAUACUUUGGAUGCAUCGUUGGAAGAUAUGCAAACAGGAUUAAAAACGGAACAUUCGAGUUGGAUGGAACUACCUACCAUACCCCUAAAAACGAACUAAACAAAACACAAACACUGCAUGGCGGAGUCGUUGGGUAUGACCAGCGAAACUGGACCGUCACUGCUCUCUCAAAUAGCUCUAUAACCUUCAGCUUAUUGGACAAGGGCUAUGAAAAUUUCCCGGGGGAUGUUAUCAACCAUGCCACCUUCAGCGUCAAUUCUUCCUAUGGCACCAAUGAUUCCAACCCACAAGCGCAGUUUAGUGCCCGCACCGUUUCCCUCUCCUUGACAGAAAGGACCCCUAUAAUGCUGUCACCUCAUAUAUACUGGAACCUAAACGCUUUCAAAAACGAAACUUUACUGGAGGAUACAUAUCUCCAUAUGCCGUUAUCUAGCCGAUAUGUGGAAGUGGACUCGCGACUCAUUCCAACUGGUGAAAUAGGCCAGGUUUCGUCGUCUCCAAAUGGUACUCUUGACUUCACGAAAAGGAAAUUAAUCGGAAAAAAUAUCAAGGCUGCCGAGGGGGUUUGUGGCGCGAACUGUACCGGAUACGAUAACUGCUUCAUCGUGGAUCGGCCCAAUAACGCAUCUAACUGGACAUCUUCUCCCGAAACUAUGGUACCUGCUUUGAAUAUGAUUUCUACGACCACUGGAAUUAGCAUGCUGGUUACGACAAACCAACAGGCAAUCCAAAUAUAUUCAUGUAAUGACCAAAAUGGCACCAUCCCUGUUAAAAAAUCGCAGGUGGCAAGAAACCAGGCUAAUGGCGGCGGAAAUGGCACGGCUAUCGAUAAGAUUGCACAGUAUGGCUGCCUUGUCAUUGAAACAGAGGGAUGGAUUGACGGCAUCAAUAACCCCAUGUGGGAGCAGGAAAACUUUCAAAUAUUCUCCCCUGAAUCAGGCCCUGCAGUAAACUGGGCAACUUAUCUGUUUGGAACUACUCAACCAGGUUCCCAGUAA